GCGGUAAAAAAACGAGAGGUGGAGUCCACGAGCCGAUGAUGGAGCGGGUGAGGAGACCCCUCCGGCGGGUGCAGAUCCAGCCAUCUGCCAAGACAGAGGAGGAUGGAGAGAAGGCAGAAGCCCUUGAUGGUGGAAAAGAGCGAUUGCAGUUGUCGACCAGCGUCUCGGAGAUGCAGGAGCCCUUCAUGGGGGUCAAAGCCCGACGAGGGGCGUCGCUGCACAGGGAAUACAACGGAGACUAUCUCAAAGUUGCUUCUGAUCCCUUCUUAAUGAAGAUCCUAGAGAAACAUGGUGAUACUAAAGUUCUUUUUGCAGACAGUGUUUUGAAAUUUACUGGAUCUGGGAAAAUUAAGCGGAGGGGAUUUUUGAUUACUGAAAUGUCUAUUUAUAUAGUGGACUUAGAGGCUGUCCUACUUAAAAGACGUAUACCACUUUCUGCUGUUCAAAAGAUAUUGCUGAGUGAACUCAGUGACAAUUACUUUGCAAUUAUAGUACAAAGUGAGUAUGACUGUUUGAUGGCGAGCACACGUAAAAGUGAAAUUGUGUCAGUGCUAGCAGAAGCCACCAAGGACAGAUCUAUUUCAGAAAUUGAUAUUUGCUUUUUCAACAGGUUUGAAUACCGUGCUUCUGCAGAAAAUAUCAAGGAGGUUCAGUUUGAGGAAGUUGAAGGAGGUGUUAAAACUAAGGUUUUGGGGAAGUCAAGUUUGAAAUAAGAAGUGGCAGGUUGUCUAUUUUUCUUGACCUGUCUGGGCAUUUUAGCUCUCUGUACUUGUAAUUUUUUCCCUGGACUGCUGCUGUUUUGAACAAGGCAUGUAUAAACUACAUUCUCAUGUCUAUGUAAAAAUGGAAAUGUAGCUUUUAAAUUUUUGGAAAUUGUAAAGAAACAAAAGAACAACGCCCAACACUGGAGAUCUGGUAGAGCAUAUGCCUUCAACUGGGGGUUAGUGCUAUUGGAAACUUUUUAGUUAUGUUUUGGUGGCUGAACUGGCUUGGGAGUACUGCAGUGGCAUCUAAACUGAGGCAAUCUCUCAAAGAUAUUAGUGGUUAGUAUCUCUUCUUAAAUGUCCAUCGUCAUCUGUUAGAUUGAACUGACUUUGUCAUAUUUGCUUGUGGAUUUACGAACCUUCAAAUUUAGUUAUUUUUUGGUGA